AUGCUUCCACUCAGCCAGACCCUUACCUUUACAACUAUUUCCCUCGUACCCCUUACAAGCCGCCUCAAAACACCACAUUCCCGUCCCAUUUUCCGCACCACCCCGCGUAUCACCGCGCAGAUCUGGGGCGGCGUGCUGUCGCACCUGGACCUGCGGCGCACGUUCCGCGUGGUGCUGUGGGACCUGAUGGGCGCAUUCAGCACGCCCUCCACGUCUUACGACUUCCAGCGCUACGCGUCGCUCUGCUCGCACGCUGAUGACCUGCUCGACGUGCUCCACGCGCUGGGGGUGGCGGGGGGCCAGGCGGGGAAGGGCGAGGAGGCGGGGGACCAGGCGGCGGGGGAGGCGGAGCGGGAAGCAGAGGGGGAGGCGGAGGGGAAGGCGGAAGGGCAGGCGGAGGGGAAGGCGGAAGGGGAGGCGGAGGGGGAGGCGGAGGGGAAGGCGGAGGGUAAGGCGGAUGGGAAGGCGGAGGGGGAAGCGGAGGGGGAAGCGGAGGGGAAGGCGGAGGGGAAGGCGGAGGGGAAGGCGGAUGGGAAGGCGGAGGGGGAAGCGGAGGGGGAAGCGGAGGGGGAAGCGGAGGGGGAAGUGGAGGGGAAGGCGGAGGGGGAGGCGGAGGGCGUGGUGUGUGUGGGGCACAGCGUGAGCGGCAUGGUGGCACUGCUUGCAAGUCUCGAGGAGCCCAGCGCCUUCAAGCGGCUACUGCUGCUUGGCGCCUCGCCUAGGUACAUCAACGAGCCGUCCACACGGCGGCACAUUGUGACUUCCAUUCUGCACAUCUCAAACGCAUCAACCAACCCAUCCCAUCCCAUCCCAUCCCAUCCCCCUUCUCCCCACCAACAGUUACCUCAACAAGCCAUCCACGCCACGGGUUAUGCUGGCGGCUUCAGCCCCGCGAAUCUGAAGCAGCUCACUCUUUUGCCGUUGACACGAUCUUUAACGCGCACACUCCCCCUCUCCGCCCCCCUGGCCAGGUACCUCGACGAGCCGUCCACGGGCUACGUGGGCGGGUUCGACCCGGCAGACCUGGAGCAGCUGUUCCUUUUGACACGUCACCAACGCCCACAUCUCCCCCACCCCCCGCAUCCUCCCUUCACCAGGUACCUGAACGAGCCGUCCACAGGGUAUGUCGGCGGGUUCGACCCGGCAGACCUGGAGCAGCUGUUCCGGGGUGUGCGGGAGAACUACAUCGCGUGGGCGUCAGGGUUUUCACCGCUCAUGGUGGGGCGGGAUAUCAGCAGCCCCGAGGUGCGGCAGCUCACUGAGAGCGUGCUGCUGGUGCGCCCUGACAUCGCCCUCAGCGCCCUCCGGACGACCUUCCAGUCGGAUUACAUUACAGACAUGUGCUGGGACAGGUGGGUUGUUGAGACGUCUCAAGCUGGGUUGGGAGUGACAGUGCUAUCCACAAAGAGUGACGCUGCAGUGCCAAUGGAGGUGCUACUCACCAAGUGA